CCGUAACCCUACGUCAUACCGGAAGUUAUUUUUACGGUACAUCCUUAGCGUCUAUCAAGCUAUGUGGUUUUAUGCUCACUAUGGAAGGAUUUGAAGCAAGUUGUCGUUCACUGCGCUGACUCAGGAGCGAACCAUCAUGUGGUGAUGCCAUGCAGCGGAGACACAGCAGCAACACGGAUGGCAUGCCCUCUGAAAGGACCCGAAGCCAAACUCUUGGAUCGGAGAGCAGUCUGGAUGAGGGUGGUGUGUUUGACUGCCUGAAGCCGGAUUCCUCCACCUCAGCCCAGCAGAUCUUCUCGGGCCUGGUGGGGGUCCCCUCCAGCUCCGUCUCACCGGCCCAGUUCCAGGCAGCCGGCUUAGUUUUGGGCUCCCCACCUGAGGUUUUCAUCCAAAUGGCUGCUUCUUCUAGAGAAGAAGGGGGAACCCAUCGAGCGGAGGGCGGAUCUUUCCUUGCCCGGCCACCGCCGCCGCACCACCACCAUCACCACCACCACUUCCACCACCAGCCGCUGCAGCACAGGAACCCCUCUCUGCUCCAGCAGGCCACCACAGCGGCCAGCUCCGACAGGCACAGCUCCAGGGAGGAGGCCCAGGAUGACCCGUCCACUCCGGCCCCGGCGUUGUCUGAGCUGAAGGCUGUGGUCAGCUGGCUGCAGAGGGGCUUCCCCUUCAUCCUCAUUCUUCUGGCUAAAGUCUGCUUUCAGCAUAAAUUAGGUAUCGCUGUGUGCGUGGGGAUGAUCAGCACAUUUGCUUAUGCCAAUUCCACGUUUAAGCACCAGGUGUCUCUGAGGGAGCAGCGCUCUGUGUUUGCAGCUCUGUGGAUCCUCGUGUUCCUCACCGGGAACGUCGUGUACAUCUUCUACACAUUUGGUCAGGAGGAGCUGCACAACAGCCUGAUCUUUGCAAAGCCCAAUCUCAACAGUUCUGACUUCUUCGAUCUCAUCUGGAUGGUGGGAAUAACCGACUUUGUCCUUAAGUAUGUCACCAUCAGCCUGAAGUGCUUCGUUCUCUUCCUGCCCAAGAUCCUCAUGGCUUUCAAGUCCAGGGGGAAGUUCUACCUGCUGAUCGAGGAGCUGAGCCAGCUGUUUCGGGCUCUCGUGCCCAUCCAGUUGUGGUACAAGUACAUCAUGGGAGAAGAUCCCUCGAACAGCUACUUCCUGGGGGCCACACUCAUCAUCAUCUACAGCCUCUGCAAGUCCUUUGACAUUUGUGGACGAGUGUCUGCCGUACGGAAGGCCGUGGCCGUGCUCUGCAGCUCCCAGAUCUACGGAGUGAGGGCCAGCAGUCAGCAGUGCAGCGAGGCAGGUGAUGUCUGCGCCAUCUGUCAGGCCGACUUCAAAGACCCCGUCGCUCUUAUCUGUCAGCACGUGUUCUGCGAGGAGUGCCUGUGUUUGUGGUUCGACCGCGAGAGGACGUGUCCGCUGUGCCGCUCGACCAUCACGGAGACGCUGCGGUGCUGGAAGGACGGCACCACCUCGGCUCACUUCCAGAUCUACUGAACUCCAACGUUUGUGCAAUCGGUUUGUUGUGUGAAGCAAACUAGACAACAGCGUGGUUAGAACGACAAACGAGUUGUUUUAAUAGAAAGUUUUACUCAACUGACGUGAUAAAAUGUGCUUUGAUUUAUUGGGAAGUAGACGAUAUUCUCACGUACAGUUAUUUUUGUUUUUAUUCUACAGCUGAUAAAUGUACUUUCAAAUGUCUUUUUUUCAUUUGAAUAAAAUGUCUUUAAAAGAU